UAGAAGUCAUAUCAGAAGAGUUACCUGGUCGAGAGCAUUCAUUCGAUUAUCAACCAGGCGCAGAGCUGGAAUACGAAGGAUCGUUUGAUGCGAUUGUCCAGUUCCUUUAUCGUCACCUAACUUAGAACUGGCACUUAGUCAGAUGGAUGACUGAGUCAGACCUAGUCAGACUGACGCUAAGUCCUGGCGGCUAGAUAGACACAGUAGACCAGCACGGGACUGAUACCUAUUUUAAUAGACUUUCUCACUCGGACAUGCACGUUAACAUCAUAUACAUACGUUCCGCGGUUGUAGCCAUUUUAGAGCCAUGACUUACAGACUUUUCCCCAUCACCGAACCAGUGACACACGAAGACAUCGAGAACUACAAAGCACUCCGCUUGACUUCCCUCAAAAUCGAUCCUUCUUCAUUCAGCUCCACAUACGAACGCGAGAUUGCAUUCACGCCCGAGAUCUGGGCACAACGGCUCACAUCGCGCUUUAAGCGCACGUUCAUCACGUCUACGAAGGACGAGGGGAGCAUCAGCGAAACAUGGAUCGGAAUGGUUUCGGUACUCGGGCCUUCUGAAUUGAUUCCUUCCAUGCUGGAACUAUUCGAGAGGGUGGGGGUAGGGUCAGACUGGGAUAUGUAUAUUCUAGUCGGAAUGUGGGUGCACCCAGAGCACAGGGGAAGGGGUCUAGGAACGCGUCUAGUGAAAGAAGGGGUGGAAUGGGUGCGGACGAAUAUGGACCCGAAAAAUGAUGUAGAGGGGAGGAGAGAUAAAAUGGUCUUAUUACUGGUCGGGGACGAUAAUGCGAGUGGUCGUGCCCUUUAUCAAAAGAUGGGCUUCACGGACUCGACAAGUAUGCCCCCAGAUGGGGAAGGACACAGUUGGAUGAGUUUGAAGGUUUCAUGAUCAUACCAAUAGAUAAUGAUCUGCUGUCGAUGUAUUCACGCCUGACGUACAAUUUGUGAAGCUGUCUGACUGGCGUGGGCCUGAUAUUGGAAUGG